CGGAAGACGUCCCCUCCCCACACCUGUUCCUGCUCCUCUGCCCCGCCCCCUCAAAAGUCAUCCAAUCACACAGCACGGCUCCACGACUCAGGGCUUCGAUUGGCCAGCGAAGAGGAGGAAGAGGAGGAGUAUGUCAGUAACACAAGUCUGUCGGUUCAACUCCAGGAGUUCACGACGACCUACAGUGAUGCAGAAACCAUUACUGAUGUGUGUAACAAUACUGAUUUGCCGGAGCUCGAGAUUAUCAGUCUAUUGGAGGAACAGCUGCCGGUCUACAAGCUAAGGGCCGACACCAUCUUCGGCUACGACCAAGAUGAUUGGCUGCACACGCCACUGGUGGACCCCAACUCUUCCCUCGAGCUGACGACUGAACAGAUAGAGGAGACCCUCAAAUAUUUCUUGCUGUGUGCUGACAGAGUGGGCCAGAUGACGAAGACCUACAGUGACAUUGAUGCCGUCACUCGACUGUUGGAAGAGAAAGAGCGUGACUUGGAGUUAGCAGCUCGCAUUGGACAGUCGCUGCUGAAGAAAAACAAAGCCCUCAGUGAGAGGAACGAGCUGCUGGAGGAGCAAGUAGAGCACAUACGAGAGGAGGUUUCUCAGUUGCGUCACAACUUGUCCAUGAAAGAUGAGCUGUUGCAGUUCUAUACCAGCACUGCUGAGGAAAGCGAGGGGGAGUCUACCACCUCCACACCUGUGCGUCCCAGUGAAAACAAUGUGUCAACUCCAAUUUCUUUCCCCCUGGACUCCUUGCAGAAGAAACUCAAAGAUCUGGAGGAAGAAAACAAAUCAUUGCGAUCUGAGGCCAGUCAUUUGGAGACAGAAACUAUCUCCUAUGAGGAGAAAGAGCUGCAACUUGUCAACGACUGUGUCAAAGAACUACGUGAUGCAAACCAUCAAAUUUCCUCUCUGGCUGAAGAGCUUGCCAGGAAGACAGAGGACGCCUCCAGACAGCAGGAGGAGAUCACACACCUCCUCUCCCAGAUAGUAGACCUCCAGAAGAAGGCCAAGAUGUAUGCCGUGGAGAACGAGGAGCUGACUCAGCACUUGGGUGCAGCCAAAGACGCCCAACGACAACUCACUGCUGAAUUGCGAGAGUUACAAGAUAAGUAUGCUGAGUGCAUGGAGAUGCUUCACGAGGCUCAGGAGGAGCUGAAGAACCUAAGAAAUAAAACUCUACCACUCAGCACACCGAGGCGUUUCCAUUCUCUGGGUCUGUUCCCAAUGGACUCUCUGGCAGCAGAAAUAGAGGGCACCAUGAGGAAGGAACUUCAGAUGGAUGAUCCAGAUGUAGAAGAGCAGAGACUGCACCCUAAGCGAGUGUUCCAGACUGUAAAAAACCUGAACCUGAUGCGUCAGCAGCGUUCGUCGCUAGCCCCCUCCCCCCUCAACAUCCCAGGCUCCAAUCAGACAUCAUGCCUCACCUCAGGGCUCUCCAGCAGGGUGGGCACGCCACGCUCCAACUCCCUCUAUGGUAGUGACACGGGAAGUGGGAUCAUAAUGGACAACAGGACCAGCAGUAUCCUGGAGGGUCGAGACGAUGGGUCAGAGGACUCUAACAAGCGGCCCCCUGGUACUCCAGACCCCGGCAGCAGGGACCUGGAGGCAGCCCUGCGGCGUCUGUCCCUCCGCCGCGACAACUACCUCUCAGAGAAACGCUUCUUCGAGGAUGAGCGGGAGAGGAAGCUGGCUCAUCUGGCCAAAGAGGAAGAAAAAGGGGGUGAGGGCAGCAGUGGAGGCCUGGGGACCCCGACGGAGAGCCUGGUGUCACUGUGUUCGCAUCCGUCCUUAGGAAGCGUCUGGUCGGGGUACUCCUUCUCGGCGAGAUCCUACCUGCCUGAUAAGCUGCAAAUUGUAAAGCCGCUGGAAGGCUCUGCUACUCUCCAUGCAUGGCAGCAGUUGGCUCAGCCUCACAUGGGUGCUCUGCUGGAUCAUCGGCCUGGCGUGGUCACGAAGGGCUUCCGCACUUUAGACCACGAGCAGGAACAAGAAGACUGCUGGCACCUGGACCAACCGGAGGUGGACGACGCUUCGUCUGACUCUUUUACUGGCUUGUCAGGAGAGAGCUUUGCUCCCAUGGAUCUGCCUCGCUCUACCUCUUCUCCGUUUGUCUGCUGCAACAAAAACAGAGACAUCGAUGACGAUGGCCAAAUAGAAACUUUGCAAGGCAACAUGUGCAGGGCAACAGAAGCAAUUCAAGUGAAAGAUGGACAUGUUGCAAACAUACCCUUUUCCUUCUCUUGCCUCUCCCCGUCUUCUUCUUCUCCUCUCCCCUCCUCUUCCGAGAUGAACGGACACGUGGACCUCAAGGAGCUCCAGGACCGUAUGCCUGUUAAUUUCCCAGGCAAGAGUAUGUCCAAUACUAGCUCUACAUACACCUUCACCACCUGCAGGAUUCUCCACCCUUCAGAUCAGCUGACCUCUGUGUCCCCAAGCUCAGCUCUAGCCUCUUGUCAGAGCAGCAGUGCCUGCAUCGGCACCCCUACCCCCACCUGCUCUCCCAUUCCCUUCUCUGCCCCGCAUACACCUUCUUACACCCCUUGCUGCACCCCACGCCGCCUCUCACUCUCCCUCUCAUUAGCCGAGUCGUCCACCAACCUGAGGGACUCCACCAAGACCACCAGCACUUCCCUAGGCCUGGUGCGCCUGCUGCUGGAGCAUGGGAUUUCUGCCUCAGUGUACGAUCCUUGCAGCUGGGACCGAGGGUUGGAUGCCAGUGGAGCCACGACACCCGUGGGAGGAGCGCAAGUGCAGAGGAGCGACGUCAUACUAGAGGAGCCUCAACACAGACGAUCGGUGAAACGCCCAGACACCCUCCUCCUCCAGCCCUCCACCCCGCCCAACUCCCCUCGUUCCAAAUCUGCCUCUUCUACCACCAAACGCCCAGUUUUCCAGUUCAGCCCUUCCGCUGACGACCCGCCAUUUUAUGACACCUUCCUCGCCUCUAAGCCAGCUCGAACCAUUCUGAGGGAGGUGCUCGGGGAGGCGGAGAGGGAGCAAACGGAUGACGACAGCCAAACGGAGAAGCUGAACCUGCGACUCGUGGACAAACUGAAACGUUUCCGCACCCUCUCCCCUCAUGCUGGUUCUGUUUCAUCUGGGAGUACUCUAUUAGCCCCCUUUGGCUCUACCGGACUGGGGAACAGUGCACUGGGUGGGGGGCUCCCAGGUUUGAACGCAGGGCUUAGGAGGAAUCGAAGCUACCCUGCCAUGGUUGGGGCCAGUAUGGCUAUGAAAGACCCGGGAGGGCCCCCCAGCACAGAGAUAGUCAUACCACAAACGAUGCAAACCACACAUACCCAAAACACGGGGCACACACAGGAAAUGGACAGAAUGCAAACAAAUCACACACUGGCCAUACACAUACCGCAGACACUACAUGAACUGGAAACGGUCACACCACAGAUGGUAAAACAGAGACACAGCAGGCCAAAUGACGGACUGUGGCUUUUAACAAGCAAUGACCAACACAGUGAUGAUGAAACUGGGACAUAACGGGAGAUAUCCAGUGUAUUAGCUCAUAUUACAUCACACUGCAACUAACAUUUCACAGUACCAUACACAUACGGCAUUACACAUGUGCACACAUACACAUUUACAAAACCAAAUACCCUUAUGGCGAUAUAGACUCAACUACACAAUUAGUCAUCCCUCCUAACCAGUCCAGACUCCAGUUGUGUCUGACACUGUUUUAUACUCAUAUGCUGUCAGACCAAACUAAUGAUGAUGGAGUAUGUUGCCUUCCUCUGUGUCCAUUGUAAUUGUGUAUUGCAUAUGCAAUAUACUGUGUCAUAAAUAGUUUAAUAUUAAAGGCCCAAUUUGGUGGAAGUAUUGCAGAGCUUUCCCACAACAGUUUCAGUCACAUUUUCCUUUUCAAUCUGAAUGAUGCACUUUAAAAAAAAAAGACAAUACAUACAUUUAAAUGCACUGUGCUGGCAUAAAUGAUAUAAGGUGACAAUGUUUUUUUCUUCAGACAAAGGUUGUUUGUAGCCUUCAUGGCGCUUUGUUGCAAAGUUUCUGCCGUGGCACUGCAACACAGAAAUCUAAUUUCCUCCAAUUAAGACCAUCAUAAACAACACAUCUGUAAAACAGGUUGACAGCGAAAAGGUAUUUUCAUUUUUGGCUUUUUAAAAGGACCAGUUUGCAGGAUGAGGUGAAUCUAUUGGCAGAAAUGGAACAUAAUAUUCAGUUGUUUGCAAUCUACAACCUCACCGCUAGAUGACACUAUUUCCUACACAACUUUAAAUAUUUGAUACUUGUAAAACUGUUGUCAGAGUGAACAAAGUGACUAUUUUAUGCAUCAUGUCACCUCAGUGUUGGAGCUGAGACUUAGGAUAAAGAGACUUAAGUCAAAGCUAACCAGGAAGCUAACAAAAGAAAGUUACAGUCACGGUUAAGAUGGCUACAAGUCCUGAAUGGGAUGAGUCUAUUACCAGAACCUUCAUGUGAGGGUCGGAUUAUAUAGUUGAUUUUUUUUUUUAUACUAUACUGUAUUUUUAUAUUAAUGUGGCCACGCAUUCAAAUAUGGUUUAUUUUCCUACCUUAUUUAUUCAAAGUUCAAAAUAUUGUCACCUUAUAUUCGGGCCACUGUGGUAUUUUAAAGUCCUUAAUUGCACUGGAGUUAAAUGGAAUUAAUAUUGUCACAUACAGUGGCAUUGGCACUAGAGAUUAUUUUCUACCAGCAAUGCUUUUUCAUUUCUCUCUGCAUAUAUGUAACCUGUAUUUAUAAAAAAGAAUCCAGAUUGGGACUUUAAUGUGCGAUCUCACUGUGACUCACUGUUCCUAUGUGCCUAAUAACAGCCAACAUACUGUAUCUCAUUGGAGUAUGGGUUUGCAUUUGUAUUAUUUGACUACUUAUUUUAAUGCAGUAGUGAGAGUACAUGAAAUUAACUUUGCAGAUUAAUGUAUUUGAAUUUGAACCUGCUGAGGGUCCCCACACAUGCACAAUUGUGUCUAUUUUUGGCUCUUUGUUUUCGUCUCCUUACGAGUUUGGGUCAAGCAUCCCCUUCAUGUAUAAUCCACAGGGACAUGUAGCAUAUGAACAGUGAUACAGAACAGGUCAAGCUACAACUGACACCUGUUUAAACACUGUGACUACAGACAACAAGAGUCAGACCAUCAGAAAACACAAAACUUGUUUUGACCGAUUCCUUUUCUCCAUAGUGCCUGUGUAAACCGGGAUCACAUGCAUACAUACUGACAGCAUAUCAUUUAUUUUGUCCAAAUCAAACAAGCUUGUGGGUGAAAAAUAGCAAUAUUAAUAGUUAUACAUUGUGUAUGUUUCUGAAUGUAACUGUAAAAAGGAGUGACUUGAAAUAUCCAAAUGUUGGUUUUAAGAGCAAGAGACUGAGCUUUUAUCACAAUUUGUUGCUGAAAAAGAAGUUUUUGGUAUCACUGACCCAGUUCUAGCGUCCAACCUGAAAUAAGAGCCAUUAAGAUCAAUCCCUUGCACCCUCAUGCUGCUCAUGUAGGUGCCAAUUAAAGUCUGAAGUUGGACAUUGGGACGGGGUCACUGACUGCUGGUCCGACUGACAGUGAAUGAAUGGAUGAAAUGGCUGGCUCUGAUGCUGGCAGUGAUCUGUUAAUGUCCUUAAUGAUUAAGGGGUUGAGUUAGAGAGUGGGAGAUUAAUAAUCAUUAAUUAUAUUUAUUAAGUACUUUGAUUAUUGGUAGAACGCAUUUAACUGAAUGUCCAUUGUACAUGUGUAAGUGAAGGACCUUUGCAGAUUGUAUUUAUGUUUUUUAAAAGUUGCACUGAAUAAUAUUUCAUUGACAGUUUAUGUUAUGGUUUAAUGAUAAACAUUUAUCUGGCACUAGUAGCUACACAGAAACAUUUCCAAAGGGUAUGGUUAGAUGUACAUGCUAACAGUACAUUGAUUCUGCCCAUAACGGUUGCACAUUUGGGGUAAAAAACAAUUUAUAGGACUUUAAAAUUAUACCGAGUGCUAAGACUGAAAUGAGAAGGAGUUGGAGUGUGUGUGUGCUUGCUUUUCUCUGUGUCAACUGAAUCAUCUGAAUGUCAGUUAUUACAAACAGUAAUCCUGCUGUAGGGCCAUAUAUUUGUGUACAGUAUGUUGAUUUAUUUUCAGUUUGUGUUAACCUCAGAGGGGGGGAACUGGUAUUACAUUGUAAAUGUAUGCAACACAUAUAGUCAUGCUAACUUUUUUUAAAAAAGAAACUAACAGUAAAAGAAAAGUACAGGGAAUUAAGUUGUUUAUUUUCAGUAAAGAGGGAAAGAAACUUUUCUGUUCAGGGACUGAAGUGUUCUAUUCUACAGAACAGACUGCACCGUCAAUA